AUGGUUGUCAACCCUGGAAAGAAGGCGGAGAGCGCGGGAGCUGGGAAGAAAUCGAAAGCCUUGGAAUCCAUCAAUAGUCGGCUGGCGCUCGUGAUGAAGAGUGGGAAAUGUGCCAUUGGAUUACGUCAGACCCUAAGGCUCUUGCGUCGAGGAGGCGCUCGGCUGAUAAUUAUAUCCAACAAUGCCCCACCUCUUAGGAAAACGGAGAUUGAAUAUUACGCAAUGUUGUCCAAGACUGGAGUGCAUCACUACAAUGGGUCCAAUCGCGAUCUAGGGACCGCAUGUGGGAAGUACUUUCGAGUGAGCACUCUGGCUAUCGAGGAUCCGGGUAUGUCAUACUUGGUCUUGCCACUAUCUUUCUCUUGCAGGGGACUCUGAUAUCAUCAGGACAGUACCACAUGAUGGCGACGGAAAAUAAGCGUGAAUAAAUCGGGUUUUUCGUACACUUGCCUUUUUACUCUCUGGACUUCGGGUUCGUUGCACAGUAUUCUGAUCCGUCCAAUGUGUGCUGUUCAACGUUGAAGUGCUUCCAAGUAUCAGUACGGCUCAAGCAACCUAGUUACUGGUCCGCGCAUAGUCCAUCGACUAGGGGCUCAUCUGGUUUCAGCCUGCG